AUGAACGUGGAUGUAAAUGGGUCAAUGUCAUUUUGGAAAUGAAAAAAAUAUUUGGUCUAAUACUACUUAUGGGCUUAGUAGGGAAAAAUAAGAUAUAUAAUUGUUGGUCGACACACCCACUUUUAGUGCUUACAAAUUUGUACUCUCCUCCAUUUUCCCCGAUAACAUAGCUAUCCAUUUGAAACGAAAACAGGCUAAUAAAAGUGCAAGAAAUUAUAGAUUAUUUUAGCAAUAAAUUUAACCUCUUAACGCUAGGAAAGAUAUCUCUCUAAUUUUUACCAUUCACAGUCCAUCAAUGGUGAAUGUAGAGACCCGCAAAGGAACAAUAAAAAAAAUUGUUCCUAGAAAAAGAGGCAAAAAAUAUUAUAAAAAGAUUUUCUUUCAUCUUUUAGAUCUGGCACUAUGGAACGCUUUCGUGCUUUAUGAAAAAUCUGGCGGUGAAAUAAAUUCACUUGAUUUUCGUCUUAAAGUAACUGAACUCCCCAUUGAAAAAUAUAAAACUACCAACAUUUCAAGAAGUGGAUGGCCAUCAAACGUCCCAACACCACUGAGAUUAUCAGCAAGACAUUUUCCAUCAUUUGUACCACCACGGCAAAGAAAGAAAAUCCCACAGUGUUUCCUCUGCUCAAGAACGCAGCAUGAAAACAAUAAAAAGGUUUGCAAAAAAACAAGAUAUAUGUGUGCGGAAUGUGACAUUCUUUGUGUCAUUCCGUGUUUUAAAAUUUACCACGCCAUCGCGAAUUCAAAAGUGAAUGGAUUGAAUCUUGCGUUCAUUGCGAACUCAAAUGGUCUUCCCACAUGUCUUAUUUGCAAAGAACAACUUGCAAAUAAUAAGAAGUCGAAUAUAGAAAGACACUUUCGUUGCCAGCUUCAUACUAAAACAGUAACAGAUAGAAUGGCUAAGAUGGCCUCAAACGUAACUGGCCAACAAGUUGAAGAUGUUAAAUCAGCUUCAGCCAUGUCAAUUGCAGUAGACGAGUCUUGCGACAGCACAAGUCCUAAAGAAGAACUUUUAGGAUUAUUGCCACUUAAAGGAGUGAAUAUUGCAGAUACUGUCCUUAGUUGUAUGGAAAAAAAUCACAUCCCACUCAUUAAAAUUGUGCCAAUAGCAACAGAUGGAGCCAAGAGUAUGUUAGGCUUAGAAAAAGGAUUUGUUUCAAUUUUAAAAGCAAAAAUUAAUCACGAGAACAAUUUCAAACCCAUAAUACAUACAUUUAACGAUCAAAAUUCUGGAGUGAAAGGAAAUUUAACUCCAGAAUCCACACCUUUAGAUGCUUUCCAACUUUUCUUUUCAGAACAGUUAGUUUCUCAUAUUACAGAGGAGACGAACAAUUAUUUUAAAUUUGUGAUCGAAAAUACUACAUCUAAACCGUAUUCU